ACUUCGAAGCUAGCGCAAAGUGCACAUAGAUAGACAGGUUCUCAAGUGCAUACAAGUUUUAACCUCCAUUUUAAAACUUUAAAAACAAGUUAUUUAUCCGCUUUCUACGGUAAAUUUAUAACAAGAUCCUGAAUAUAAUACAAAAUGUUGAAGUCUGUUCGAAAAAUCGCUCCGCUUUACAAUGGAUUCCAACAUAUUCGGAAUUCUUCUAAAUUUGUGGAUAUUGCAGUUAGCAAUCAAGGAAUUGCAACUGUUACAAUGCAAAGAAAGCCGGUAAACAGCCUGAAUCUUGAACUGCUCACUCAGUUACAUGAAGCUUUUGAACAAGUAGAGAAUGACAAUGCCAAGGGAAUGAUUUUAACUUCAGGUUCAGAUACAGUCUUCUCUGCUGGUUUAGACAUUAUGGAGAUGUACAAACCAGACCAGGAAAGAGUCAAAAACUUCUGGUCCACUUUGCAAGACACUUGGUUGAAACUCUAUGGUCUUAGCACACCUACAUGUGCUGUUAUCAAUGGACACUCUCCAGCUGGUGGUUGUCUGCUUGCAAUGAGCUGUGAAUACAGAAUUAUGUCACAAAACUUCACAAUUGGCUUAAAUGAAACAAAGCUUGGCAUUGUUGCACCUGAAUGGUUUAUUGCUUCCAUGAGAAACACAAUUUCAAACAGAGAGACUGAGCUAGCUUUAACUGCUGGCAGACUGUUUACAACUGAUGAAGCUUUGAAAAUUGGCCUUAUUGAUGAAGUGGCUACAAGCAAAGAGGAUGGAAUUGCAAAGAGUGCUAAUUUCUUUAAGAUGUUUGCUAAAGUUAAUCCUCUUGCAAGACAGAUGACUAAGACUGUUUGCAGGAAGAAGGAUUUACAACAAUUAAUUGAUAACAAAGAAGAAGAUCUUCAACAAUUCUUAUUCUUUGUCAAUCAACCAUUGGUCCAGAAAGGUUUGGAUAUGUACAUUGAGGCUUUGAAGAAAAAGGCGAAGAAUUAAACAGAUAAGAACAUUUAAUUUCUAUUUUCUACAAAUCAAUUGUAAUUUCUUGAAGGACAACUUCUUUCUUAAAGUCUUCUCUUUGUAUGUCAAGGUAAUGCGUGAUUUCCAGAACUUUUGCUCGGUUACGUGUUAUUUCAUUUCUAAAAGUGCAACAAAUUAAUAUUUUAAUUCUAAAUAAAUACAAAUUUAUUACUUUUGUA